AUGACAGAUCCAACUGCCUGUCUAGUCUUUCCAACCACUGACUCGGUCAUCACUCGGAACAGACCAGAGGAGGAAAAAAUUACUCCUAAUGUUGGUAUAAAUAAUUUCAAAAGUGAGUUUAAGUUUGUGAAAAAACUUCUCAGUGAUAUCACAGUUGACUCCAAUCACACUAGGAUUGCCAUAGUAACAUUUAGCUCGCCCAGUAAUAUAAUAAAAAAUGUGGAUGAAAUAAGUCAGUCAUCAAAGGAGGAGACUAAAUGUCUAUUAUUAAAUAGGCAAUUAAAAAACAUAAACUACAGCGGAGGGGAAACAUUUACAGUAGGAGCAUUUCAAAUAGCUAAGGAAAUCUUCGACAAUGCGUCACGAAAUAAUUCAAAAAAAGUUUUAUUUUUGAUUACCGAUGGUUAUUCCAGUGGGGGAGAUCCGGUACCAGUAGCAGAUAAAUUAAAGAAUAAACAUGUCACGGUUUUUACUAUUGGAAUUGAAAGUGGAAAUUAUAAAGAAUUAUACGAAUUAUCAUUCUCUGGUGGAGAGUCCUACAGUUACAUAUUAGAUAGCUUUAAGGAAUUAAAUUCUUUAGCUAGAAGAGCACUACAUACAGAUUUAAGAAAUGGAGAAUAUAUUCCAAUAGGUGAAAAUCAACCAUGUAAUAUCUUAUGUUCUGAAAGUGAUUGUUGUGACAGCAAAGCUCUUUGCACUUGUGGUACAACCACAGGUCAUUAUGCUUGUAUUUGCCAAAAAGGUUAUUACGGAUCUGGACUUAAGAAUUCUUGCAUACAGUUAGCGGAACAACCAAGCUGUUAUUACGGAAAGCGGGGUUCAGAUACCAGCAGAGCGGAAGCAACCGUUCAGACAAAGAGCAAAGCUAUAUUUACUGACUACAGGCUUGCUCUACACAAAGAAAAGAAAUAUACAGUAAUAACAGGGCUCUCCACGACAGGCCAGCGGCUGGCGGAAAUCUGA